AUGGGAGGUUUACAGAAAACCCGCGAAUGGUUCGCCAUUGCCAAUAACUUCUUGGCCCCAGUUCUCGAUCGAGAUCAAAUCAAAACGAGCCAAGGAAAUUCGUUGCUACAAAUUCUCUGUCAGACUUCAGCAGAUGAUGAUGGCCUUGCUAGUGAUGCAGCGAGACCAGCAGUUAUCGGCAAGGCCUUAGAUAUAUUAACCAAUAUCCAUCGAUCUUUCCUUUUGGAUGAGGACAAAGAUGUAUCCCAUCAAGCAUCCUCCGAGGUUUUUGAAGACUCACCAAUGGAAGACGCGAAGCGCCGUCGGAUGCUACAUGCAUUGCUAGAUCUGAUUUCCUUGGAAGGAAUAUACCCUUCGCUCUCCUCUGGUGUUGGUAUUCCACUGCAGCAACGCGUGAUAUCGGUGUUGCCAGCGGGUGUCAUUGCAAAACAGACUCAGACGGUUGCUAGCAGUGUACCCCAUGACGAGCCUCUUCUGCGUCGCAUCAUCGACGUUCUCGUCGACAUUCUCUUAGAUCCGAGACCAAGCCUCCAGCCGAUCAUCCGUGGUCGUAUCUUGAGUGAUAUUAUCAGUGGUAUUUCGGAUCUUGCUUUCAAUCCAAAUACGGUGGCAUCAUCAGAUCGGUCCGUCUAUCAAAAGGCAUUGGCCAAGGUUAUUCACGAUACACCUACCACUGUUCUACUACCCACUCUGUCCGCCUUUCUUCAGUCCGACACCACAAAAUGGUUCAAGUCGACUAUCUCCAGCCAACUCUCGCAUAUUCCACUACGACCUGGAGGAGUAGUGCAAAUUAUCAUGUUCAUUGCAUCGCAGUUUUCUCCAUCGCUAGGUCAAGAAGCGCAGGACCAAUCAAGUGGGCCUCGUUUGACUGUCCAGGCUAUCAUGCAAAUCUCACGCCUUCUGUCAUCUGUACCGUCAUACGUUGAUCCAACACUCUAUUUUGAGACGAUUGCCCCUCAACUACUGGCGUUAAUAGAUGGUGAUGACCCAGACUUCCAAAAGACUGCAUCAUAUGUCGUUGGCAAUGGAAUCUUGGGGAAACGUGCUUAUGGUGCUCCUGGAACCAUUGGUCACUCGAUCUUCGUGGAGCCGAUAUUCAAUGCACUUACCGCAGAGCUUGAUAUUGACUCAAGGCGAUGGAUGACUCGCUUUACCGACGUUGAGGGCUCUAUGCCACUGUUUGCACCCGAAAGCACUGCAUCCAAUGUCUUAGUUGAUAGUGCCACAGUGGACUUGGCCCUACACAGAUUGAGAUGUCUGGCAUUGCAGCAUCCGAAUCCGGGUCUCGUGAAACGCAUUGUAUACCCCAUUCUUCUUCCAUUAUGGGGCUUGGUUUGUUUCUCCCAGGAGGAACAACGGACCUCAUUCCAUGAGAAAGCCUUGCCCCUGCUUCAAACUUAUUUCGGCAUAUCUUUGGGGAUCCAGCCCCUGAAAAAGCUGGUUGAUAACCUUCUGUGGGAUGGAGGUACGAACUGGACGUACAAUAAAGACUCCGAGGCUGGACUUGCGUUGCACAAGCGGAGCGGAAAGCAAAACGACCAAUCAAACCUGUUGCAACUGAUCGAUUCUCUUCAAUCACGCACGGAUCUGUUUGUCAGUCUUAUUGGCUCGAAUCCUAGCAGCGAAGAAAUAAUCGGUGACAUAUUCCUGUAUGUCAGUGAGAACUGGCUGGUACAGCCCCAAGACUCUUCCCGGUCUCGCAAUACACUAAACAUUCAUGCCAUUGGUGAAAGUGACAACAUCGUCCAGAAGCUUGUCAGUGCCAAAGUCGCAGAGAAGCUCCUUGAGGAUUUCAAAGAAGCCCUUACUAGACAUCCGCUCCGGGUUCUGGAACUUAUCAAACAGGUCAUUGAUGGGGAGCUACAUAAACUCAGCGCCCAAGCAAGAGCGACGGAAGAAAGACUGAAUGGCAAGGUAUCAUUGUCAUCUUUGGCCAAUAUUGUGGACACAGAAGAUAAAGACAGGGAAGUCUUGACAAAUGACUCAUCCGAGUCGCUCUCAACCGCUUUUAGUUUGCUCUCUACACUUCUUGCAUCGGCCGAGUUCUCUACUACGGCUGAAAUCCAGCCCCUUCUUGGAUUUCUCAAAACGGACCUUGAUCGGUUAAUUCCCCUACUUCCUCCUACCCUCUCGCAACCAGCAACAACGUCGUCUAUGUUGUUGGAAAUUCACCUUGAGACACCCGAUGAAACCGCUGUCAAGACAAUCCCAACCCAUGUCUUGGAUCUUGACACGCAUCGCAAAGCACUUGCCAACCUAAACUCGGAAUUACCACCUGUGCAGGCAGAAGGUCUGUCUCUCAUUUCGAAACUCAUCAUGAACUCGUCACCCGUCAUUGAUGUGGGGGCAACGCUCUCGCUUAUGCUGUCCCUCAUCACUGACACCUCGAGCGUUGCUGCCAAUGAGGAAUACCUAUAUCUUAACGCAAUCAAGAUAGUCGGUACACUGGCUUCACGCCAUCCACGUACAGUGAUCAAAACUUUGGUUGAGGAGUAUGCAGAUAGGAAUGAACAAAGAGGACUGGACGGAAGACUCAGGAUUGGCGAAUGUCUCCUGCGAACCGUCCAAGACUUAGGAGACGCACUGGUUGGCGAGACAGCGAAGGUCCUCGGUGAGACUAUUGUUGCCGUUGCAGGCCGACGUGGAAUUAGGGCCAAAACUCAGCAAACCCGCAAAGCACAACUUGCCAUCGAAAAACGUAAAAUGGAACGCGAGAAGCGGGAGGAAAAAGAAGCUACGCUGCCUGAAGGCUGGUCUAUUUCGUCGGGUGUCACUCAAGCUGCCUCCGAGCUCGAUCUCACGGGACUGGAUUCCGACGACGAAUCCCCGGAGCAAUUAGCAUACGCCACUAAUGUUGUUGCUGCAUGGGCUGCCGGUGCCUCUGCAGAUGACGCCCCUGACGACCUUCGUAUCCGCGCAUCUGCCAUAUCUAUCCUUGGAUCAGCUAUCCAAAUCAACAUACUUGGUCUCGGGCAGGCGAUCCUUUCAUCCGCCGUCGAUCUGGCACUUGCCACUCUCACCCUCGAGAGCGAACCUGAGAGUGCCAUCCUCCGCCGCGCGAGCGCUAUUCUCAUCCUCGACAUUUUGAAAGCCCUUGAAACAGCGCGGGAGACGCGUGGUCAGGAUAUCGGAUUCGGCUUCUCGCUAUUCGACGACACAGCUUCGAGUUUUGCAACCCCACAUGGGCCCAGUGAGCAGGCACAGUCAACUAUUGGCAAUAUCCCUGCUAUGCUACGCACGCUCGACUUUGUUGAGAGCCGCGAAGCGGAUGGUCUUGCACGUGGUCACCUGCGUGCUUUGAUCGAAAGCUUGGAGGCUUGGGCGGACAAGGCGUUGAUGUGUGGUAUCGGUGCCCAAGACGGCCAGGAUUCGUUGACUCCGAGAUUUGGACUGGGUGAUAAGAUUGCCGGUCUGGACAUUAACCCCCUGCCAUUGGAGGAUACUGGACGUCCACGCAUAGAGGAGAUUGAAUAA